AGAGUGCUCACCCACUAACAUGCCGCAUAUCGAUCCCCUGCGUGCGCCUAGGCGCCCGAGAGUCAUGGGGAUCGAAUGCUGAUUAAAGACAGCAUUCAUUGCAAAACUUAAACUCUGACUUGUCUAUUUAACACGCCCUUUCUGCCACGAUCUCUCCUGCAUCUACUAGUCACAGUACCUACCUCGCCACAUGAUUUCAAUUUCCCAUAUUGGUCUACAGCUCUAUUUGACAUUCUAUUUGAGACCAGAUCUCAAUACAAAUCUUAACAUUCUACAAUUUAUCAACAUGGAGGACACACUCAGACUUUCAGAACUCGUUCUUGAUGAGUCAGGCAAGAUGAAUCAUUAUGACGAAGACGAGGUCCAAGACACAGAACUGCUGUUCGACGCCAGCGCCCAUGAGGACUCAGACGCAACCUCAGGGACCGACGGUAGCCUAGAGUCAGAGAAUGAUGUCGGCUCAGAGUACUCUCUCGAAUCGGAGGAAAUCCUGGACGGGGACGACGAGGUCAACGUAGUUGAAAAGAUCGACGCAGUCGCAAGUGUCGGGGUUGACGAUGAGCAAGACGACGAAGAAGAAGACCUGGAUGAGGAGGACGGAGAGCUGAAUUCACAACUGGAAGUGUUUGAGGAUGUGGAGGAUGAGGAAAUUGGUGUUGGCACGUCUGAGGAGGUUCAGGUCGGUCCGAAGAAGUCGAAGUGGUUUGCCGAGUGGCUUCGACAGAGGGAAGAGCGGUACAACUAGAUCAAGAUAUAGAUCUGUUCCUUUACGAAAUAUGAGCAUUAAGCGUUCCGGGUACUUCCAUUAAAAUAUAAAAGGUAUUAUGGACACAUUAUCAAA